ACAUUUCAAGCCUACGUACGUACUUAUAUGCGUGUACUUGUGUACUCGCAUCCGGUGGCGGUCCCGAAGUCCCGAGACUGACAGAGUUGACAGACUUCUACGAGAAAUCGGCGGUGAAGAGUCUUUGUUUUCGCACCAUGAAGCUGCUACUGUUCCUCGGUCUGGUGGCCGCGGUCUCCUGCGCGAACGGAAACGGUCCGAAAGUCACCGACAAGGUAUGGUUCGACAUCAAGAUUGGCGGUGUCGAUGCGGGGAGAGUAGAAAUCGGCCUCUUCGGCAAAACCGUUCCAAAGACAGUCAAGAAUUUCGUGGAGCUCGCCAAGAAACCGGAGGGUGAGGGAUAUAAAGGCAGCAUGUUUCAUAGAGUGAUCAAAGAUUUCAUGAUCCAGGGAGGAGUUACAAAGGGAGAUGGAACUGGAGGUCGCAGUAUCUAUGGAGAUCGUUUUGCUGAUGAGAACUUCAAACUGAAGCACUACGGUGCUGGAUGGUUGUCCAUGGCCAAUGCUGGCAAGGAUACCAAUGGGUCUCAAUUCUUCAUCACAGUUAAGCAAACACCGUGGCUUGAUGGUAGACAUGUUGUUUUUGGCAAAAUUAUCAAAGGAAUGGACGUAGUUCGUAAAAUUGAGCAAACGAACACGGAUUCGCGAGAUAGACCACAGGAGGAUGUUACUAUCGCCGAUAGUGGUGCAGAGAUUGUAGCAGAGCCAUUUAGCGUAACCAAAGACGAUGCUACUGAUUAAAUACUAGUGUUUACUCAAAUAGGUCUCACUAUUAUUUACAGUCAAUAUUUUUACAAAAAUUUGAUUUUUUUGAAUUUUGGCUCCUACAUCUUUAUUAAUCAGCUUUCAUAAAAGUGUGAAUAAUAGCUGUACGAUCUCAAUCUCUCUCCGCUGUGAUACUCAACUGUUUGACAGCAAUCGAUUGAUCUAUCGAUAGAAGAUCCAUGCCAUAUCAGCAGUGAUCACAAGAAUAAUGCAGCAUUUUAUAGAAUCAUAAAACAUUCAGUAAAGCAAUUAUUCAGUACAUAAGUUGUCAUAGGAACGAUUGUUUCCAUUCCAAUUGUUACAGCUAUGUAUACUUGCACAAGAAAUUUUAUACGCAGUAUAUAAGCAGAUUUUCUACAUUCACGAAUAAAUGUAAGUUGUUUAAAGUA